CUGUGCGGAAGCGGCGCUAGAGAGUGGGUUGCAUUAAAUUACAUUGUUGUUCGAUGUGGAGGCAGGCAGCAUAUAUAUGUUGGAUAGUAGGUUGCAAAUAGCCUAAUGGACAUAUAACGCGCUUGUGGGCACAUCAUUUAGCGUCCAACCAUCGCUCAUUCUGAAAUAUCUGACGGCCGAGGAACGAGGAAACGUCGGUGGCAUCGAUUUGCACCUGACAGCGGUUACAACACAGAUGAUGAACAACAAAGACUGAACCGAAGUGUCGCGCUCAGAUCCAUCCCUGCAAAAAUGUGUCAGAUUCCGUUGUUUUAAUGCGAACACCGCUUUAUUGUGCCACCUAGUAAUUGAGUUCCACUGAAUCUAUUGCACACAAUUUGUGGCGUCUUUGGCGUGCACGGCUGGAAUCUAAUCACCUUAACGCCGUGCAUGGAAGUUUGGAGCGCGUAUUUUAGUGAUGAAAUAUUUUCUAUUUUUGCGUGUUUUUAGCGGAUAAAUAGGGUCCUUAUGCUGUCAUAGUUCUAUACCUACACCGCAACCAAGCUGUCCUUGUCCAAUUGUACGUGUUAUUCGGAGGACCUGCAUCGAGCCUCAGCCACUGGACAGACCGAACCAGCAUUCCAGUUCAUUUGACAGGCACAGCCUGAAUCAGCUGGAUUUGAUGUGCUCUUAGAAUCAACUGGACGAAGAUGUGGGUCCACCCUGAAGAGGUGUUGCAGGCGGGAGCGUUGUGGAUAACCGAGCGAGCAAAUCCCUAUUUCAUCCUCCAGAAACGCAAGGGCCACGGGGACAGCGGAGGAGGACUAGCGGGUGAGAUGCAUAGAACUGUCUCUGCUCUGCGUCUCUUUAUCUGUUUCUCUAAAUCAUGGAUUAUUUUAGCCAAGCAUAGCUCAACUCCACGGAUGUUCUAUAGUCGAGUUCAGAUAUUAUUGGCUAGGAUUAUUUAAUGCUUGCUGUGAUGCAAGCAAUGCCAAGCCAAAUUAUUGUCCCCUGGCCCUGUCUCUCGCUUGGCUGGGGAGAUUAUUCAUGCCUCACAGAUGUUUAGGGAUGGAGAGGAGAUUGGGUGACUGACAACUAUGGUUGCAUGCAUAGUGAGGGGUAGGGGGUCAGGUCACUCAGGUAUCAAAGGGGAUGGAUACCUGUAUGGAUGACUAGACCCUAAUAGCCUCUACUACUAUAACUAGACAAAUGCAGGUGUGAUUUUAUCUGAAUGAGUCUUGAGGCUCAGAAUAGUCACAUGACCAUUGUUGUGUUGAUGGUACAGUAUGUAACCUCACCAGGACAGUAAUGUACACUUAUGGACCCCCCCCCCUUUUAAACUAUUAACAAAACAAGGAAAGAAAUGCAUAGAUUUGAUAAAUAGAUAAUCAUUGACUGUGCUUAGUUCACUCCAAUCAUAAUAUCAUUAGGCUACUAGCUAGCUAACGUAAGGCUGGACUAUCUCCCCUGACAGGGAAGACAAAUUCCAGCACUUGGGACCAUUAAAAGGCUCAGAUCAAUUGAAGUGAACCUGCGAUUGAUUAGAGCCCAGCACACUCGGGGAAUGUUAAAAUGGCUGGUGAUGUGUCAUUCCCCUUACUGAAUUCUGAACGCCACAGAGACAACACACACACAGAGACACGCAGAGCAAAGUCACACACGUUCUUCCCGGCAGGAGUAGUACAUGCUGAAUCAUCUCUCCCUCUCCUCUUGUCCUUCACUCACUCCAUCCAAAUUAGGCCACAGUCACUAGGAGGUCCAGGGCUCUGGUCAAAAGUAGUGCACUAUGUAGGGAAUAGGAUGCCAUCCCAUUCAGGCUGACCUGGAUUCAGUCUGUCAAUGUUUAAUUCAUUGCAAGUCUGAGAAUCCGGAAAGAUGAAAAAUGAGUUACGAAUUAUGUAAAAAACUUUUAAAAAAAACGUUGGUUGAAUAAAGAUAGAACGUGAUCAUUUGAAAAGUCAGUCAUGUUCAUUAUAGGUACGGUAGAUUCAGUCCAAGUCUUUGACACCGAGCCAUAGAGAUGGCUCUGUAUAGAUAUAGAUAUAUCUAUAUAGCCCUGCUUUGACUAGUCUGACCGUCACAGUCAUGAUGGGGCAAAGAGAGUUGAACCAUGUUGUCAUCCCCUGCUUUGUGCUGCUGUCCUCAGUGCCAGUCAGUCACUGCCUCUUCAGUGUCAGCCAGCCAGUAACGAAUAUGACAAGGGGAGCUAAAAUGGCCUGCUAGUAUCUCACUUCAUUGGUCAGUAACAAGACAUUUCGCUGAAGGACAGAGCCGUUACUUUUCCCGCAUGCCAGCGACUGAAAGUUAGCCCCCGAACCAACAUUCUGCCUCUCCCUAUUGUGUCUCUGUCGGGGAAGUGACAAUAGCAACACAAAGUGUGCUGUGGCGAAAUGUGAUGAUGUCAUUGUUAUGUGAAUACUGAGCAGACCAUGUGGUGUGCCAGUUGGCCUGCUGAGGAGAGGAGAGAGCCCGGGCACACUGACUGGCACUGCCCAGUAAACACCCCCUUUCAGCGAGCAGGGAAAGCCAAGCGAGCACCUGGUCCUCCUAGGGCAUAUGGAAGGCCACAAGGGCCAACGCUCUUUGAUUUAUAGCCAUAUUUAUGAGGCUACUUUACAUGAGAACAAAUCAACAUUGAAGUUUUUUUUGUAACUUCAUUUAUAGAGACUGCGAAAUAGAACAGACAGUACAGUUUCAUUAUAGACGACUAGUUCCCAUCAAUCAAUCUUAAGUCAUAAGACUUGAAAAAUGGCAAGCUUCAAUUGUGAAAUGUUGAUAAUAAUUAGGUGGGUGCUUGUAUUUGUUAUUUCACUCGUACAAGUGUGUAAUACACAUGUGAAUUGAAAAUGUGUGUUUUGCAUAUCCCAACUCUCCCUGAGACACCCUCGGAAAGUGGGGUCACGGCCAGGGUCUGCCAUCUACGGCGACCCUGGAGAAAUUUGGGUUAAGUGCCUUGCUCAAGGGCACAUCGGCAGAUUUUUCACUUUGUCAGCUCGGGAGUAUGUCCUAGCGACCUUUCGGGUACUGGUCCAAUGCUCUAACCGCUAGGCUACCUUCCGCCCCCAAAUGUUGGAUUGUAGCUUAUUCACCAUAUGAUACUAUCAAUGCAAAAGGACACUAUCCAAGAGUCAAUAAGCUAACCUAAUAUUACCUAACGUUUCACAAUAGAGUGUGACAUUUUGAAGUCAGUAUGACCUAAAACUAAACUAGGCUUACAUAUGUUGGGUGACUGACAUCACGUACACAUGAUGAUAUCGCCCUAGAUAGACACUUGGCCUAGACUUCUAUCCAUCGACCUCUUUAACCUUUGUCCGUACCCCCCCCCCCCCCCCCCCCCCAUUACCCACAAUCAUCUGCUACUUUACUUCACCUAUCUAUCUUAUCUGGUGACCUCUGACAUGGAGGUCCACAUAGAGGCUUGGGAAAUAAAAGGAAAAACACUACAGCUGUGUUACAGGGGGUUGGGUUGGAGAAACAUGACUUAAAAUAACAUGUAUGGUGUUACUUCGUAUCAGGUUCUUGUUAUUUGAAACAAUAUUGAUUCUCAGCCAGUGGGGUGAAAAGGUGCUGUGUCAGUAGUUGAGAGAAAAUAGGCCAGUGUUUCCACUGCAGUCGUUUUGCUAUGGCGCUGCUCCACAGCAAAAUCAUUGCCGCCACGUCAAAAAAAUAUGGAAUGGGGGGAAGAAAAUAAAAUCUGCCGAGGCGCACUUUGAAGAUGCUAGAACAGUCCACAUUUACUUUUCCUCUGCAAAUAAAACGAGCAAUGAAUAGAAAAAUCUGAUAACCCCAUAGUAGAAUAGUUUAACUAUUAUAGUCGGCUUCUUCUUGUGUGUUCUAUGCGAGAUAAAUAUUGUUCUCGUGGUACAUUCAAGUUACAAGUGCCAUAAGAAGGGAAAAAUGCAUUCUGACAAGCAGUCAAUGAACAACAAUUCUUGCAAAACAGCAGUUUUAAUGGCCUUUGUUAAAAAGGAUAAAAUAGUAUACUAACUAGUUAAAAGAACUGGCUAAUGAUUAGCCCAAUAGGGUAACUGCAGACGGGCAGCCUCAUGCUUCAGCCUAUUUAUUUUCUGCGACAGUUGGGCUACAGGUGAUAGUGUUUAUUGCAUACCUGAUAAUAUGGACCAUGCAUAGACUAUAUGCAUUGUCCGAUAUGUUAAAAUAUCUUUUACAAAAUAUUUUUACAAAUUUGUUAUUGGGCUCAUUUCUGGAGAUGUAAAUUAUAUUUUCGAUGGUGUCAGCAUAAUUGUAUUUUCAUUCAUUUUGGAGUAGAAAGUCCUUUUUAAAAAUUCACCAGAACUGAGCUUCUCAGUCCUUCUACAUAAAAAUGAUCUGGGAGGGACAAGGGGGGUUAGGAGGGACCCUCCCUUCAAAACCCCUCUGAACUUUCCUCCCACUGCUACACAUUUUUCCAAAUGAAACACUGAAAUAGACCCUACAGUUUCCAACAGAAAGCAGGUUGGAGACCGAUGAAAAGGAGAGGAGAAAACGAUUGCUUUUUGCACUAAACUGUGUUUUAUUUUCCAAUCUUGAAUGGAAAGAAGGAACUAGCCGUCUCGACUGAACAGAGAAUGGAGCUUUGCUGAGUAACAAAAGGCGGCCCAGCUGCUGACCUUGUUUCCUGGCUUCUCCAAUCUCUAAAAGUACAAAACAUCACAUGAUGCUGAUCUGUGUUCCACUGUACUGUAUGUAGACUCAGGCUCGUUUCUUUCCAUCCUCCCACAACAAAGGAAGCAUUUCUCAUCGUUGGAGAUUAGUUUCUGUACGUCUUGUUUUUCUUUGGUUGUGUGUGUGUUACAUGCAGGGAGGGGGGGGUCAAAGUAAAUAAAAUGUAUAGGAACAUAUAGUCACAUGGACAAUGGUGUGGUUUUCCAGAGUUCAUGUUAUGGAUUAAAGGGUCAACACUAGGCUAUAGGUCUGGGGUCUGCCCUCUCCUCACCAUAUACAAAACAUACACCACAGUACCUCAUGUUAACUCUUGUUGUCAUGGUGUAGGAUCAUGAGUUCUUAGGGGGACAGAGGGGAAAGUAGCCCUCUGAUCAAAACAAAGAACAUUAGUGAUGUUGUAGGGUGCAUUAAUUCAUUCGUCAUAAAAUGCCAUGCAUACUAGUCCUCUCCAUUGCGGUUGAUAUCUAGCUGUAUAGAUUCAUUGGAGUGAGCGGUUUGAUGAGCUGUAAGUUGCAUGCAGUCAAAGAAGUCACAGGAGGUUGUGGGUGUCGUCCUUCCGUAAGUCUCACUUUUCAGUGUUCUCCUUUGUUGUGCUUGACACCUGCGCUUCCUGUGCUAACCUCUAACACGCAUCCCCUCAACACAGCUAGCUUCAGGUCAUGCCCUGUCUAUCCAUCAGAGAUGGUUCACAGGUAUUUGUUCAGUGUUCUGCAACUCCAGUCCUGAGGUAACCCCCAUGGUUGCACAUUUUCGUUCCUGCCCAGCACUACCACACUCAAUUCAACUACUCAACUCAUUGCUCUUGAUUUGUUGAAUGUGGUGUUAAUGCUGGGCUAGACCAAAAAUGUGCAACCCUGGGGGUGCAGAACUGGAGUUAACGCUGUUCAACAGGAACAACAGGUUGAACCUUGUGACAGGGUUUGAAACUGGACAAAGUCAUUUUAUGCCCACAACAUGUUUGUCAGAAAGGCCCAGAUCGUGUAUCCUUGCAUUAGCCAGCCCCAAGUAACAACAACAGCUUCGGGGUCUAUGCUAACCCUUUGAAAUGGAAAUGGAGGCUUACACACAAUCCUUUUGCAUAUCGGCCAAGCUGUUCUGUUCUCUCCAAUCUAGUUUUGAGCCUUUUCUCUUUCCCUGUGAUUUCUUACUGUAGCUCUGUUUUUGUUCUGCUUUGUCAUAGCAGUUAUCGCUUGAAACAAAUGCCACCCUCCCCCUUGGCAUUAAGUAUUGUAACUGUACAGUAACCUUAUCAAUGAUAAAGGCUACAUUUCACGCGUGACUAAUGUAAAGAUACAGUUGAACGUUUGUCGGUUGGAUUUUGUUCACGGAGAGAGCAACUACAUGUAUAGGCCUAGUUCAGAUGGGAAAUCUCAACCCCUUACACCAGUCAGAACCGACGGCCAUAUUGUUUACGUCCAUCCAGUGUGAAACCUAAAUUGCCGUUACUGCCUCUGAAAGGCCCACUCUGAUAUUUACAGCCGUUGUUGAUCAUAUUAAAUUAAUGAUAUAUGAAUUAUAUAUUUGCCUUUAAUAAUUAUUUAAGUGCUUCUUAUUGAAUGAAUCCUGACCUUUUAUUGCGCCCUGCAUAGGAUUAAAAGAGGGAACAGGAGAGAGAAUAAUAGUGAGAGAGAGAAAGCGGGAAAGAGAAAGAGAAAUAGAGCCCCAGAGAUGUAAUCGUAUUCAGAUGUCUUCAUUAAGGCAGCUAGUGGAGAUGAGUGGCGUCCCAGAAGUACUCCAGCAGACAUUCUGUAUGGAGGGAAGAAUAUCAUCCAGACUGACUGUUUUCAGUUUCUCUCUCCCGGUCUCUCUCCCCAUAUCUCUUUUCAUCUCUCUCGGUCUGUGUGACUCAUAGAAGUGUAUGCUUCUGACGCGCCACCUUCAAAAAACUGCCGUGGCAAUGGUAAUAUUCCCAACCGGGAAGAAAGUUUGGGAGCAACUUUGGAAUAUGGCUGUCAAAAAGCUUCUUUUUAUCACAAGGUUUGAGUCUGUUGGAAAAGGAGUGUCAUCAUUUCCACUCAAACUUUGAUGAAAACAUGUCAGUGUAGACCCCCAAGCCAUAAAAAACUAGACCUAUCACUAUUCACAACAAAAGCCUUUCAGCAAGACUAGCGUAUUUAUCACUUCAGACGUCUUUCCUUCACUCUUUUAGAUGUAUGAUCUUGUGGUUUACAAUACACAGUAGCUAGACACUAGAGUCAUGUAUUAUUACUGUACUGCAUCAGAGAUAAUAGGUAUUAGAGAGCGUAAUAAAACAACUCUUUAGUGUUGUGUAGGCUAAAGAGACAGGAGUUAUUGGCAUCUUUCAGCUAUCUUGAGUCCAUUAUCUGUCCAUCUAUCUCUCCACUUCCCUUGUUCACUAGAUUAUAGGGUAUUCAUCCCUCGUUCAUUAGAUUAGAGGAUUCAUCCUUUUAUUCUAGGUGACUUUACUCUCACCUUCGAUCUGCAUCGAUCUGUCACACGGGAAAUCUGAGCUCUAUGCCAUCUGCCCGGUCCACCCUACUUCCCCAUACAACAACAUUGAUACCAGAUUCACACAAUAGUGCCAAUCUGAACCGUACUGUACUGGCUGGGAUAUUGUUUUUAAACGUUGUCUUUUCCAGCAAAGUUCCAGCAUCUAUGGUGGAUGUGUAACCAGGCCAGCCCAGACCCCAUCCACUAAAUGUCUUAGAGUAGGAGUGCUGAUCUAGGAUCAGGUCCCCCACCUGUCCUAUAUAAACUUAUUUAAUUACGAUCCUAGGUCAGCACUCCUACUCCGAGAUGCACAGCCCAGGUUUGCUUGGCUCAGUUUGGUCCUAUAAUAUAAAUUGGGCAUGAAGGAGUCAGGACAGGAAAGCCACAGCUACCCAUCAGACCUAAAUACACCAUCACUCCCUCCACCCCUCCCCCUCAUCUCAGUGAAGGACUGCCUCCUCCCUCUAUUUCAUACGUGGUGAUCUCAUAGCCGGCGGGCUCAAUCAAGGGCCUUUCGAGGAGAGCAUAAGUGGUCUAACAAGGGUUAAUGUACCCUAACAAGGGGAUUCCGAGUGGCGCAGCGGUCUAAGGCAUCUCAGUGCUUGAGGCGUCACUACAGACCCCCUGGUUUGAUUCCAGGCUGUAUCACAACCGGCCGUGUUUGGGAGUCCCAUAGGGCGGCGCACAAUUGGCCCAGCGUCUUCCGGGUUUGGCCGGUGUAGGCCGUCAUUGUUAAUAAGAAUUUGUUCUUAACUGACUUGCCUAGUUAAAUAAAGGUAAAAUAAAUGUACCCUAACAAGGGUUAAUGUACCAGAACGGUCUGCUGUCUCACAUGGUGUAGGGGGGGCUUUGUUACAUGUCCGAAACGGGCUAAAACAGAAACUACAGUGAGGGAAAAAAGUAUUUGAUCCCCUGCUGAUUUUGUACGUUUGCCCACUGACAAAGAAAAGAUCAGUCUAUAAUUUUAAUGGUAGGUUUAUUUGAACAGUGAGAGACAGAAUAACAACAACAAAAAUCCAGAAAAACGCAUGUCAAAAAUGUUAUAAAUUGAGUUGCAUUUUAAUGAGGGAAAUAAGUAUUUGACCCCCUCUCAAUCAGAAAGAUUUCUGGCUCCCAGGUGUCUUUUAUACAGGUAACGAGCUGAGAUUAGGAGAACACUCUUAAAGGGAGUGCUCCUAAUCUCAGCUUGUUACCUGUAUAAAAGACACCUGUCCACAGAAGCAAUCAAUCAAUCAGAUUCCAAACUCUCCACCAUGGCCAAGACCAAAGAGCUCUCCAAGGAUGUCAGGGACAAGAUUGUAGACCUACACAAGGCUGGAAUGGGAUACAAGACCAUCGCCAAGCAGCUUGGUGAGAAGGUGACAACAGUUGGUGCGAUUAUUCGCAAAUGGAAGACACACAAAAUAACUGUCAAUCUCCCUCGGCCUGGGGCUCCAUGCAAGAUCUCACCUCGUAGAGUUGCAAUGAUCAUGAGAACGGUGAGGAAUCAGCCCAGAACUACACGGGAGGAUCUUGUCAAUGAUCUCAAGGCAGCUGGGACCAUAGUCACCAAGAAAACAAUUGGUAACACACUACGCCGUGAAGGACUGAAAUCCUGCAGCGCCCGCAAGGUACCCCUGCUCAAGAAAGCACAUAUACAGGGCCGUCUGAAGUUUGCCAAUGAACAUCUGAAUGAUUGAGAGGAGAACUGGGUGAAAGUGUUGUGGUCAGAUGAGACCAAAAUCGAGCUCUUUGGCAUCAACUCAACUCGCCGUGUUUGGAGGAGGAGGAAUGCUGCCUAUGACCCCAAGAACACCAUCCCCACCGUCAAACAUGGAGGUGGAAACAUUAUGCUUUGGGGGUGUUUUUCUGCUAAAAGGACAGGACAACUUCACCGCAUCAAAGGGACGAUGGACGGGGCCAUGUACCGUCAAAUCUUGGGUGAGAACCUCCUUCCCUCAGCCAGGGCAUUGAAAAUGGGUCGUGGAUGGGUAUUCCAGCAUGACAAUGACCCAAAACACACGGCCAAGGCAACAAAGGAGUGGCUCAAGAAGAAGCACAUUAAGGUCCUGGAGUGGCCUAGCCAGUCUCCAGACCUUAAUCCCAUAGAAAAUCUGUGGAGGGAGCUGAAGGUUCGAGUUGCCAAACGUCAGCCUCGAAACCUUAAUGACUUGAAGAAGAUCUGCAAAGAGGAGUGGGACAAAAUCCCUCCUGAGAUGUGUGCAAACCUGGUGGCCUACUACAAGAAACGUCUGACCUCUGUGAUUGCCAACAAAGGUUUUGCCACCAAGUACUAAGUCAUGUUUUGCAGAGGGGUCAAAUACUUAUUUCCCUCAUUAAAAUGCAAAUAAAUGUAUAACAUUUUUGACAUGGGUUUUUCUGGAUUUUUUUUUUGUUAUUCUGUCUCUCACUGUUCAAAUAAACCUACCAUUAAAAUUAUAGACUGAUCAUGUCUUUGUCAGUGGGCAAACGUACAGAAUCAGCAGGGGAUCAAAUACUUUUUUCCCUCACUGUAUUUUGUUGGGUUUUGUUUUGAAGUCGUUAUUUAGGGGGAGGAUUCAUGACUUGUUUGUAUUGCUUUUAAGUUCUUGGAUCACUUAGUGUUUUUUUCCCCCCCAUCCUCAAGACAAUUAAUGCAUUAUCCAUUCAAUGUCCUAAAAAUGUGUUCCCAAAGCUUUUGUAUACACGAUCAGCAUAUUCCCACAGUGUCUACCUCCCUAACCCACAUUAUUCCCUGCUCUUCCCACCGCAGGUCUGUUGGUGGGAACCCUAGACGUGGUGCUGGACUCCAGUGCUCGAGUGGCCCCUUACAGAAUCCUUUACCAGACACCCGACUCCCUAAUCUACUGGAUCAUUGCACAUGGUGUGUACUGUGUGUGUUUGUCUACAGUUCUGUCGGUCUGGUCUGUCUGUCUUUCUUUACCAUGUUCUCACUUCCUGCUUAUCCCCUGUCGACCUCCAAAUGCCAAGCAUCACGUCAUGGCCCACUGCUCUUAAAGGGCUAGACUGUUGGGAAUCAAUGGUGAUUCGAUCUAAAUAUGAGGGGCUGUCAUGUGUUUUAGUUCAUUAGCUAACAUGGUAAAUCUUACGUUACAUCCGCUGACUUCAUUCGUUGACACUCUCUCUUUACAUGUUAAAGGGUUAAUUAUAUACCACCCUAAUGUCCUAUAUGGAAAAGCUAAAAGCUUAACCCAGGGCUGUAAAUGUAAGAUACUGAAUACCAACACAAUCGCAUCAGUGGUCUCUUUUGGCUAAUUACACUGGUUUGUGACAUCACAGAAACCCCAAUCUUAGCUGAGGCUUAAUAUAAACACACUUUACCUGCCUCUUUCCUCGAGCAGUUAUGUUAAACAAAUCAUUUAUUACGCUAGAGGAGCCGUAAUGCAAUCACACGGACCCAACAUGACAAGCGGAUGGGAAAGGAAGGAUGUAUUUUUAAAGAGGGAUCGUUGUGUAAGUAAGGAGAGGCUGCAGUAAUGUAAUGGGAGAAAUGUCCCAGCAUCAGAGAACUCUACUCCCCAGAUGUAAUGAACAAUGGCUCUGUUUUUAAAUGAACUGAGAGACCGGAGAGACGCACACUGCAACGGUUUUGACUAUGACUCUUGAGUUUAGUUUUAAUUAGGGGAUCACGGGUGCCAGGUAAGUCAUGCCUACCAGAAAUAUUUUUGAUUUCUCCUUUUUGUUUGUGAGUCGGUCUCAUCUGUCAGACAUAUAGUCUAGACCAAUACAAAGAACUGAUGGCAAAGUCGGUAUUAGAAUGUAAACUUUUCAUAAGUCCUUAUAACAUUGAUAGAAAUAACUUAGUUAUUUUGCGUUGUAUUACCCAAUAUUAAAUGAUCAUGGAAAUAAUAAGAUUAAAACACAAAUUGCAUCACAACAAUUUUAGACUUUUCUGGUCCUCUGUAGCUCAAUUGGUAGAGCAUGGUUCUUGUAACGCCAGGGUAGUGGGUUCGAUCCCCGGGACAACCCAUACGUAAAGAUGUAUGCACACAUGACUGUAAGUCGCUUUGGAUAAAAGCGUCUGCUAAAUGGCUUAUUAUUAUUAUUAUUAUUAUUAUUAUUAUUAUUAUUAUUAUUAUUCUCAUGCCAAAAUAAUAUAAGUUAACUUAGGAAAGUCCUGCACACACAGGAUCCAUGCUCACUAAAGCAUGAUACAAUAGAACGGUCUGAAGCUUAAUCUGGCUUUAUGGGGGGAAGAGGGAGAUGGUGGAUAGGAAGGUGUGUGUGUUGUGUUGGAGGACUUCAAAUGUCAUCUUGGGACAUGCUACUGCUUUGAAUCGUGUGUAUUGCCUUAGUGAGUGCUCCCAUAUGGAAAAAGGAGUAAAGGAAAGAAACAGGAGAGGAGUUGAGAAGACCCUCUCUGAAAUAGAAGCCCAGAGAAGAAGACUCCUGAGGGCUGGCCUUGAAAUGGCAACCGCUCCUCCCGCCCCUCUCCUCCCAUCCUCCAGCCCAGAGGGAGAGUGGAGCAGUCUGUCUGCCAGACAUCAUCACUAAUGUAGCCAAGAGAUGAGCAGCUACUUACUGGGGAGCUGGAUGAAGGAUGAGGCCUCUAACCAUAAUGGACACUGCACUGAGGUUUCUGUGCUAGCAGGCUCUGCCUUGACUAGCUCUCAGAUUUCACUAGCGCUAAGUAGCCGGUAACAAGUAGCCACAGUAGCGCUAAUAGGGAAUUGCCUGCCAAUAUUGUUUAAAUUUCUCCCAGAAUUUAAGGUGUGCUGUAUUGCAGGGCAUUAUUAUUUCCAGUUUUUAAGUAGGACAGUAACAUAUCUGAAGCUAAUUAGCCAUGAGCUCUCUAGCCAUGAGCUCAUCGCCAUAUGUGUGGUAGUAAAUCUAGGCAGAGCAGAGGGGACGGCAGAGUAAUGUCAGUGGAUGGGCUGUCUAGAUUUAAUCAAACUUUAUGUAUGUAGCACAUUUCUUACAGCAGAUGCACUUCGAUGUGCUUAGCAAAUCAAAUAUAAGGUGAGAAAAAUAACUAAGACAAUAAAUAAGAGACAAAUUAAAAUAGUAAAAUAAAAGUGCACAUGCGACUAAUGCAUUAAAAAAUAUAAAUACUGUAUAUGGGAAAAAAUACUCCUGAGGGGCGCAGUGGUCUAAGGCACUGCAUCGCAGUGCUAGCUGUGCCACUAGAGAUCCUGGUUCGAGUCCAGGCUCUGUCACAGCCGGCCGCGACCGGGAGACCCAUGGGCGGCGCACAAUUGGUCCAGCGUUGUCCAAGGUAGGGGAGGGUUUGGCCGGCAGGGAUGUGGGUUCGUUUCCCACGGGGGCCAGUAUGAAUUUUUAUAUAUAUAUAUAUAUAUAUAUAUAUAUAUACUGCUCAAAAAAAUUAAGGGAACACUUAAACAACACAUCCUAGAUCUGAAUGAAUGAAAUAAUCUUAUUAAAUACUUUUUUCUUUACGUAGUUGAAUGUGCUGACAACAAAAUCAAACAAAUUAUCAAUGGAAAUCAAAUUUAUCAACCCAUGGAGGUCUGGAUUUGGAGUCACACUCAAAAUUAAAGUGGAAAACCACACUACAGGCUGAUCCAACUUUGAUGUAAUGUCCUUAAAACAAGUCAAAAUGAGGAUCAGUAGUGUGUGUGGCCUCCACGUGCCUGAAUGACCUCCCUACAAUGCCUGGGCAUGCUCCUGAUGAGGUGGCGGAUGGUCUCCUGAGGGAUCUCCUCCCAGACCUGGACUAAAGCAUCCGCCAACUCCUGGACAGUCUGUGGCAUUGGUGGAUGGAGCGAGACAUGAUGUCCCAGAUGUGCUCAAUUGGAUUCAGGUCUGGGGAACGGGCGGUCCAUAGCAUCAAUGCCUUCCUCUUGCAGGAACUGCUGACACACUCCAGCCACAUGAGGUCUUGCAUUAGGAGGAACCCAGGGCCAACCGCACCAGCAUAUGGUCUCACAAGGGGUCUGAGGAUCUCAUCUCGGUACCUAAUGGCAGUCAGGCUACCUCUGGCGAGCACAUGGAGGGCUGUGCGGCCCCCCAAAGAAAUGCCACCCCACACCAUGACUGACCCACCGCCAAACCGGUCAUGCUGGAGGAUGUUGCAGGCAGCAGAACGUUCUCCACGGCGUCUCCAGACUCUGUCACAUGUGCUCAGUGUGAACCUGCUUUCAUCUGUGAAGAGCACAGGGCGCCAGUGGCGAAUUUGCCAAUCUUGGUGUUCUCUGGCAAAUGCCAAACGUCCUGCACGGUGUUGGGCUGUAAGCACAACCCCCACCUGUGGACGUCGGGCCCUCAUACCACCCUCAUGGAGUCUGUUUCUGACCGUUUGAGCAGACACAUGCACAUUUGUGGCCUGCUGGAGGUCAUUUUGAAGGACUCUGGCAGUGCUCCUCCUGCUCCUCCUUGCACAAAGGCGGAGGUAGCGGUCCUGCUGCUGGGUUGUUGCCCUCCUACGUCCUCCUCCACGUCUCCUGAUGUACUGGCCUGUCUCCUGGUAGCACCUCCAUGCUCUGGACACUACGCUGACAGACACAGCAAACCUUCUUGCCACAGCUCGCAUUGAUGUGCCAUCCUGGAUGAGCUGCACUACCUGAGCCACUUGUGUGGGUUGUAGACUCCGUCUCAUGCUACCACUAGAGUGAAAGCACCGCCAGCAUUCAAAAUGACCAAAAACUCAGCCAGGAACUAGGAACUGAGAAGUGGUCUGGGUCACCAACCUGCAGAACCACUUCUUUAUUGGGGGUGUCUUGCUAAUUGCCUAUAAUUUCCACCUGUUUGUCUUAUCCAUUUGCACAACGCAUGUGAAAUUUAUUGUCAAUCAGUGUUGCUUCCUAAGUGGACAGUUUGAUUUCACAGAAGUGUGAUUGACUUGGAGUUACAUUGUGUUGUUUAAGUGUUCCCUUUAUUUUUUUGAGCUGUGUGUGUGUGGUAUGUAUGCAUGUAUGUGUGUGUGUGUGUGUGUGUGUGUAUGUAUGUAUGUAUGUAUGUAUGUGUAUAUAUAUAUAUAUAUAUAUCACACACACACACACACACACAGUGGGGAGAACAAGUAUUUGAUACACUGCCGAUUUUGCAGGUUUUCUUACUUACAAAGCAUGUAGAGGUCUGUAAUUUUUAUCAUAGGUACACUUCAACUGUGAGAGACAGAAUCUAAAACAAAAAUCCAGAAAAUCACAUUAUGGUUUUUAAGUAAUUAAUUUGCAUUUUAUUGCAUGACAUAAGUAUUUGAUCACCUACCAACCAGUAAGAAUUCCGGCUCUCACAGACCUGUUAGUUUUUCUUUAAGAAGCCCUCCUGUUCUCCACUCAUUACCUGUAUUAACUGCACCUGUUUGAACUUGUUACCUGUAUAAAAGACACCUGUCCACACACUCAAUUAAACAGACUCCAACCUCUCCACAAUGGCCAAGACCAGAGAGCUGUGUAAGGACAUCAGGGAUACAAUUGUAGACCUGCACAAGGCUGGGAUGGGCUACAGGACAAUAGGCAAGCAGCUUGGUGAGAAGGCAACAACUGUUGGUGCAAUUAUUAGGAAAUGGAAGAAGUUCAAGAUGACUGUCAAUCACCCUCGGUCUGGGGCUCCAUGCAAGAUCUCACCUCGUGGGGCAUCAAUGAUCAUGAGGAAGGUGAGGGAUCAGCCCAGAACUACACGGCAGGACCUGGUCAAUGACCUGAAGAGAGCUGGGACCACAGUCUCAAAGAAAACCAUUAGUAACACACUACGCCGUCAUGGAUUAAAAUCCUGCAGCGCACGCAAGGUCCCCCUGCUCAAGCCAGCGCAUAUCCAGGCCCGUCUGAAGUUUGCCAAUGACCAUCUGGAUGAUCCAGAGGAGGAAUGGGAGAAGGUCAUGUGGUCUGAUGAGACAAAAAUAUAGCUUUUUGGUCUAAACUCAACUCGCCGUGUUUGGAGGAAGAAGAAGGAUGAGUACAACCCCAAGAACACCAUCCCAACCGUGAAGCAUGGAGGUGGAAACAUCAUUCUUUGGGGAUGCUUUUCUGCAAAGGUGACAGGACGACUGCACCGUAUUGAGGGGAGGAUGGAUGGGGCCAUGUAUCGCGAGAUCUUGGCCAACAACCUCCUUCUCUCAGUAAGAGCAUUGAAGAUGGGUCGUGGCUGGGUCUUCCAGCAUGACAACGACCCGAAACACACAGCCAGGGCAACUAAGGAGUGGCUCCGUAAGAAGCAUCUCAAGGUCAUGGAGUGGCCUAGCCAGUCUCCAGACCUGAACCCAAUAGAAAAUCUUUGGAGGGAGCUGAAAGUCCGUAUUGCCCAGCGACAGCCCCGAAACCUGAAGGAUCUGGAGAAGGUCUGUAUGGAGGAGUGGGCCAAAAUCCCUGCUGCAGUGUGUGCAAACCUGGUCAAGACCUACAGGAAACGUAUGGUCUCUGUAAUUGCAAACAAAGGUUUCUGUACCAAAUAUUAAGUUCUGCUUUUCUGAUGUAUCAAAUACUUAUGUCAUGCAAUAAAAUGCAAAUUAAUUACUUAAAAAUCAUACAAUGUGAUUUUCUGGAUUUUUGUUUUAGAUUCCGUCUCUCACAGUUGAAGUGUACCUAUGAUAAAAAUUACAGACCUCUACAUGCUUUGUAAGUAGGAAAACCUGCUAAAUCGGCAGUGUAUCAAAUACUUGUUCUCCCCACUGUAUAUACCAUGUGUAUAUAUAUAUAUAUAUAUAUAUAUAUAUAUAUAUAUAUAUAUAUAUAUAUAUAUAUAUAUAUAUAUAUAUAUAUAUAUACCAUGUAUGCAUUCACUAACUGUAAGUCGCUCUGGAUAAGAGCGUCUGCUAAAUGACUAAAAUGUAAAUAUAUAAAAUGACUAAAAAUAACCUUAAGUAAAAGCACGGCAAAAAAAGGUAUGUCAUAAGGUCUUUCUUAAAAAUGUCUACAGUUUGAGGCCCUCAGAUUCUCUGGCAGGCUGUUCUAAACACCAUAGUGGCUGAAAGCAGCCUGACCAAACGUUAUGGUUCGGAGUCUGACCUUUGGAACAACUAAAAGGCCAGUGCCAGAGGAUCUGAGGGACCGACCGGGCACAUAUCUUAAAAGCAUAUCAGACGUAUUCAGGUGCAAGACCACGUAGUGCUUUCAAAAUCAAUAAAACAAUUUCUAAAUCCACUCUAAAACUAACAGGCAACCAAUGCAGUGACUUUAAAAUAUGUGUUGUGUGUGUUGCUCUCCUUCUGGUCUUUGUAAGCACACUGCAUUCUGGGGGGGGGGGGGGGGGAGACCAGACAGGAGAGCAUUGCAUUAAUCAAGCGUGGUAGUAAUAAAAGCAUGUAUUAGUCUCAGUGUGGGCAGAGGAACGGACACACUUUGGCAAUAUUUCUAAUGUGAUUAAAAGCUGAUUUGGUCACAUUUCCGAUGUGGGACUCAAUUUAGGUCAGAGUCUAAACUCACACCUAGGUUUUUAACCUGGUGGUUGUAUCUAGUAGUCUUACUUAGCCAACUGAAGAGCUUGUUACUGCUGUCCUUCCUCUCGUCUGUCUGUCACUGACCGGGUCCUGAAUCAUGUACUUCCAUACUACUUAGUAUGCCAGAAGAGUAGGUUAGAGUCCAAGUAUGCUAAAUAUGUUCAUUAUGCAUAUAAUUGUAAGAAUGAUGAACAACGUCUCAGACAACAUGCUGUAAUGUCUCAAAGAAAAUGAGGUAUGGGUGAAACUCCAUGCCUCCACAUUCUCCUGGGAGCCUCUUGUAAUCGACUUCCCUGACGCACCCCUGUCUCCCCCUCCCCGUCUCCCUGCUCCCCUCCCUCCUUCCAUAGGGUGCUCCCGUAAGGAGAUCACAGAGCACUGGGAGUGGCUGGAGCAGAACCUCCUGCAGACGCUGUCCAUCUUCGAGAACGAGAGUGACAUCACUACCUUUGUCAAGGGCAAAGUUCAGGUACUGUUUAGUGUAUAUAUGAGCCACUUAGCAGCCACUUUUAUCUAAAGAGACAGUAUGGACUUCUCUGGGAUUUGGAAGGUUGGUUAUGUUUUGUGUUUAGAUGGUGGGGUUUGGGGAAUUUCACACGUUUUUGUAAUAGUGUUUGUGACAAUAGUAAUGGUAGUUGUCAGCAAUUCAUUUUGACAGUUUGGACAUUGAAACGUAUGACAUUUGCCUGUGAAAUGAUGUUGUUGAUCAUGCCAGGUGUAAUAUUAGCCUAGCAUGUAGUCAAAUUAGUUUUGUAAAAAUAGCUCCUGCCAGAGGCAAAAUAAGGAAGCCUUGCUGUAUUUACUAGUGUAGCCUGAAAACAGGUCCAGCUACUGACAAAGCCUCUAAAUCAGGUUCUGUAUUCAUCUGUUUGGAGAUAAAGAAGUUCUUACACAAUGAAUAGAUUAUGAGAACUAGCCAGAUAAGAUUUAUUUUAGGCCGUUUGUGGGGGGGAAAGGAUUACCUCAAUGCUUUCUAUCGAACACUCUUUCUCUCUCUUUCACUCUCUUUCUCUCUUUUUCGUUCUCACUUUGUCUGCCAGUCACUCUAUCUAUCUUUAUUUUUUAAAUGAAUUUUUGAAUUUUAUUGAUUAUCUCUCUCUCCCUCUCUCGCAAACUCCUUCACUCCCUCUUUCUCUCUUGCCUCAGGGUAUUAUAGCAGAGUACAACAAGAACCAGGACGUGAAGGAGGACGACGACACUGACAAGUUCAAGGAGGCCAUCUGUAAGUUCCGUAAGCUGUUUGGCAUGCCUGAAGAGGAGAAGCUGGUCAACUACUACUCCUGUAGCUACUGGAAGGGCAAGGUGCCCCGGCAGGGCUGGCUCUACCUCAGCAUCAACCACAUCUGCUUCUACUCUUACCUGCUGGGGAAAGAAGGUAGGGACCACUGGCAUGCUGGCACAGGUACAGACACCACUACACAACUGUUUUUAUACUACAUACCGAUUAUGCAUUGCUUUUGAAGACCCUUCAGAAGCCGCAAAAGUAGGACAUUUACAUUUACAUUUUAGUCAUUUAGCAGACGCUCUUAUCCAGAGCGACUUACUGAGUGUGAGUGAGUGCAUACAUUUUUUAUUUAUUUUUGUUAUAGAAGUCAAUGGGCUCAGGAGUAGGACAACCCCUUGAUAUACAAUGUUUGGUGGAUAUUUUUUUUUAAGAUGUUAGAUGAAAUGAUGUAUAUUUCAAACUACCAGCUUUUAAGCAACCCAAAAAUUAAUAAAUGCAACCAUCUCUCUUCUUCAAUCUAUCUUUCUCUCUCUCUCUCCCUCUCUCUCUCCCUCUUUCUUCCCCCCUCCCCCCCUCAGCCAAGCUGGUGAUCCGCUGGGCCGACAUCACCCAGCUGGAGAAAAGUGCCACGCUUCUCCUCCCCGACGCCGUCAAGGUGAGCCUUUUAAAUCAUAUCAACUAUACUGCAUGUUAUCAUCUCUUUAACCUCUCUUUAUCCAUCCAUAGACCCCUCUAACCUUCAUUUAUUCCUCGGUCAAGGUGAGCACGCGGGUGGCCGAGCACGUCUUCUCGGUCUUCCUCAACGUCAACGAGACCUUCAAGCUGAUGGAGCAGCUGGCCAACAUCGCCAUGAGGCAGCUCCUCGACAACAAGGGCUUUGAGCAGGACCGCUCCCUGCCCAAACUCAAGAGGAAGACACCCAAAAAGGUGUCCGCUCUCAAGAGGUGAGGUUUGGUGAAGGGGGUUCUUGGGAGGUUCUGGUGGGUUUCUUGGGCGGUUUGGUGAAGUUCUGUUGGGGGUUCUGGGGAGGUUUGGUGAGGCUGGAUGUUGUAGUUGAGAGAGGUUUGUUGGUCUCCCCUCGAGGUUCGGUGGAUUGGUUUCUGGGGAGAUGCAGUAGUUUAGUCAUAAUGUAGUCAUUUAUAAUGCUGCAUAACAUUACAAAAGUCUUUGCUGCGGGUGACCUAUAACCAUUCACAACCUUUCCAUGUGGUUGCAUGGCAUUGUAAGUGUUACACAGUUUAAUAAACAAUAUACUAAGACUUAACUAAAUGACUACAUAAGACCACCACAACAAAAUACUAAUUACUUCAGAGGAAAGAAAUGUAAAGUCUUGUUCCACUGUGCCUGAAGGAAAACCAGCUGAGGAGGUGGGUGGUGUACUCCAUGAUGUAGCACGCAGUUUAAAACAAGAAUGACAUUAGGUUUCAUACGACUUAACCCAUUAAAGUAAUUUUAAAUUGGGGCCUUUUAAGUUUUUUAAUGUAAAUUUUUCCCUUUUCUAUUGAGUAAAUGUUUUUAAAAAAUUUAAUUUUUAGUAGUAAAAUGUUUUCCCAUAUAGAUGUUUUAGAGAACGUUUCCCAUAUGAUGUCAGGGGGUUAAAGUUUUUUUUUGUUCUUUUGGGGGUUUUUUGUGUUUUGUGUUUUUAAGAACUUUUCCCUUUUGUUUUGAGGUUUUUGAAAGGUUUUGAGUGUUUUGCCUUGGGUUUUUGAGGUUGUUGUUAAUUUUGGCUUUGCAGGGUUUGUAAUUUUUAAAAGUUUUGGUAGUUGUUGUAAAAUUUUUUUUUUGUGGGGGCGGCCAUAUUAAAAGUCUAUUUAUAGUAACGGAAACCCCAAUUUUUAUAGUAACUGUUGCCCAUAUAAAGUUUUGUAGUAAAUUUUGCCCUAAUUGAUUUUUGAGUUUUUUCCCUAUAUAUUUUUUAGUUAACUGUUGCCCCUUGUUUUUUUGUGUUUUGUUUUUUUUGGGUUUUUGUUUUGGGUUAAAUUUUUGGGUAAUUGUGUUUUGGUUUUAAAGAGCCCCUUUUGGGGAAUUUUUCGAGGUAAUGGCCCUAUUUUUAAUUUUUUUUAAAUAAGUUUCCCAAAGAUGUCCCAUUUUUUUGGUUUAAAAUUUUCAAAAUAGUAAAAGUUGCCCCCUUUUGAUUUUUUUUAAAGAAGUUUCCCUUUUAAACUUUGUUGUGAAUUUUUCCCUAUAAAAGAUUUUUUCUUUGUAAUUGAGUUUUUUAAGUUGUUUCCCUAUUAGAGUCUAUGGAUAGUAAAAUGUUGCCCCAAAGAUGUUUUUCGGGGAUUUAAAGUUUUCCCCUUUUUUUUUUUUUUUCCCUUUUGAAAAUUUUCAUUGUUGAAUUUUCCCUUAUAGGUUAUUGUAGGUAACGUUCCCUUUAAAAUUUUUUAAAAUAUUUUGAUGCCCUUAAAAAUGUUAUUUUUUUUAUAAAUGUUUCCCAAAAUUUAUGGGAAAAAAAAAAAAUUUAAAGGUUUUUUCUUUUCAGAGAAUGUUUCCCCAUAAGACUUUAGAAAUUUUCCCUUAAAGGCAUUGCUGUUUUGUUUCCCUUAGGGGUAGCAAAACGUUUUCCCCCUUUUUUUGUUUUUUAGAUGUCUUUUGGGUCAGGUAGAAUGUUGCCCUAUUAGAUGUCUUUGUAUUAGUACUGUUUGCCCUAUUAGAUGUCUAUUGUAGUAUAAACUGUUGCCCAUAAUAGAUGUCUAUUGUAGUUGUAACUGUUGCCCUAUAUAGAUGUAUAUUGUAGUAGUAACUGUUGCCCUAUAUAGAUGUCUAUUGUAGUAGUAACUGUUGCCCUAUAUAGAUGUCUAUUGCAGUAGUAACUGUUGCCCUAUAUAGAUGUCUAUUGUAGUAGUAACUGUUGCCCUAUAUAGAUGUCUAUUGUAGUAGUAACUGUUGCCCUAUAUAGAUGUCUAUUGUAGUAGUAACUGUUGCCCUAUAUAGAUGUCUAUUGUAGUAGUAACUGUUGCCCUAUAUAGAUGUCUAUUGCAGUAUUAUACUGUCAUACUUGGUCUCAAAGUGCUCUUUCACUCCAUUGACCUGGUUUUCCCCAUAUUGGGGAGAAAAAAAUACAUUUCAAAUAUUUUAUUUUGAUGCAUUUUAGGAUACAUGUGAAAUAUAACUAAUUGGCAAAAUGUAUUUUUGAUGCAUUUUGAAAUGUAUAUUAAUGCGUGACAUACAUUUAUAAAUGUAUUUGGAAUACAUACAAUUGUAUGGAAAUACACAGUGUACAAAGCAUUACGAAUGUCUGCUCUUUCCAUGGCAGACUGAUGAAGGGGAGGAGACAGGUUAAAGAAGGAUUUUCAAGCCUUGAGAGACAGUUGAGACAUGGAUUGUGUAUGUGUGCCGUUCAGAGGGUGAAUGGGCAAGACAAAAGAUUUAAGUGCCUUUUGAAUGGGGUAUGAUAAUAGGUGCCAGGCGCACCGGUUUGUGUCAAGAACUGCAACGCUGCUGGGUUUUUCACGCUCAACAGUUUCCCGUGUGUAUCAAGAAUGGUCCACCACCCAUUUUUUUUCCUAAACACCAAGACUGUUAAAAUCUCAACUAACUGCUGCUAUUAAAAGAUAACAUUAUGUUCCGAAGUGGAUUCUUGGCCAUCUCUAGACCAUCUCUUGAACCUUGUUGUUGUCUCACCCAGGGACCUGGAUGCCAGGGCUAAGAGCGAGCGCUACCGGGCGUUGUUCCGUCUGCCCAAGGAUGAGAAGCUGGACGGACACACAGGCUGCACCCUUUGGACCCCCUUCAACAAGAUGCACAUUCUGGGCCAGAUGUUUGUCUCCACUAACUACAUCUGCUUCACUUCCAAGGAGGAGACCCUGUGCAGCCUCAUCAUCCCUCUAAGAGAGGUGAGUAGUCCUGGAGCUCUCUGGGAUUCCAGGUUGGUGACCGUUGAGCUAGCCUUUUUUGACAAUUUCGGAUGAUGCUAAGACAAAAGUCAAUAUGGGACCACUAUAGAUUUGAGAUUUUCCAUCAGGAAAGAAAGGCUACCUUUGACCCUUUGACAAGUUCUGUGUCUGCCGCUGUAGGGUGCAUACUAGCAGGGCAUUUAGAAAGAGCAGCGGCCGGGUUAACACACUCUGGUAGGGGGCUGUCACUCCCAAUCUGCUUUAGUCACUGCCCCUCACCCAGCCAUUGCCUUGGCGAUCAGGAGUCCACCCUGUCACAUCCCAUCCCCAUCAGCCAUCUUAAACUACCCCACAGCCUUAAUCGCUGGCAGGGCAGAGUGUGGAUCGACUACUAAUGCCUAGUGUUGUGAUGUGUGGCACUGAAUUGAUUCAGUCACCUAGUAUGUGGGUUGAAGUGUUGAUAUGGUGAAACCUAUUGUGUGCUUGGUAUGGUAUGUUGGCCUUUGGUCAUUGCACAUGGGAAUAUUGGCCUAUGUGGUUAGAUGAAGGUUAAAUAAAUCAAUACAUUUGCGAUGGGUUAGUGUAGUUCAUGUUCUACAUCGAGUGCUACAUCGAACACUUUCUCAUAUGAAAUAGGAGAUGUAUAUCUUAGUAGACGUAUGUUGCAUCCUCACAUCACAUAUCACUGACGUACUGUAUCUUGUGACUGACAUAUGACUGACAUGUCUGUUGUGACUGACAUGUGACUGGCAUAUCUGUUGUGACUGGCAUAUGACUGGCAUAUCUGUUGUGACUGGCAUAUGACUGGCAUAUCUGUUGUGACUGAUAAAUGAAUGACAUAUCUGUUGUGACUUACACAUCUGUUGUGACUGACCUCUGUGUCUCUGUCCCUCCCAGGUGACGAUAGUGGAGAAGGCGGACAGCUCCAACUUUUUGCCCAGCCCACUGUCCAUCAGCACCAAGAACAAGAUGACCUUCCUGUUCGCCAACCUCAAGGACCGGGACUUCCUGGUCCAGAGGAUCUCUGACUUCCUGCAGCAGACCACCUCCAAGAUCUACUUCGAGAGGGAGAUUACCGGGAGUGUGAACAGCUCCGACGACGAGGUGAGGGCACAUCUGUCAUUGUAUAUCUAGGAUGUUGUACAUAAUUUAAAUCUAUUCCACAACUGCUCCCCCAGUUUGCUGAUAAGUCUCCCUCUCCUCCAGGUCUUCAGUAAAUAGACUUGCCAUGAUUAUUAUCACAGGUCUCUGAUCAGCUCUUAUCAUAAAGCACAUUGCAUUAACUAUCCUUGCCCUGAUCCUGGACCUGUGUUGCUCUCCACAAGGUGUAUUCUCAUUAUUAUUAGUUUGGCAUCUCAUCACAGGUCUCAGAACAGCUGUUAUGAUAAACUCAUGAUAAUUGACUGCAUCAACAAUCUCCUAACUCUGAUCCUGAAUCUGUCUCUCUCUCGCUCUCCUCUAGGUGUACUCCCAGCAGGGCUCUCUCCUCUCCAGCAGUCCCCAGCGCAGCAGCCUGGGGUCAGAGGGCUUCUCUGAGGGCGAGCGCCAGUUUAACCUCAACGACAACAGCGUGCCCACCGCCACCCAGGCCCUCAUGACCAUGUACCGCCGCCGCUCGCCAGAGGAGUUCAACCCCAAACUGGUACGGUCAUUGAAUGGUCACGGCAUAUACGGUUCUGGUCACAUGUGGUCGAACGUAAGAAGAUGCUCUAUUGCUAUAGUAGAGAAUUGGAAUGAUUGCACAUGAUGAUUGAUGGAACUGAACUGGGACUAAAUGAAUUGAUUGAGUUGAAAACAUUUACUUACAGUGACAAAAUAUUGUAACAAAUUGUAAUUGCGUGUGUAUACCUGCAUGCUGACUAAGCCAUUGGGAAUUCAAUAUCUGCAAGUAAUAACUUGAGGCUUCUCCCAAGCCAAGCCUCAAAUAAAAUAACAUUGUAUUGGUCGCAUACACCUAUUUAGCAGAUGUUAUUGCGGGUGUAGCGAAAUGCUUGUGUUCCUAGCUCCAAUGGUGCAGUAAUGUCUAACAAUACACAACAACAAAAUACUGCAAAGUUGCUUAGGAGCCAGAAACAGAGCGGCCAUGUCUAUCAGCGCCAUCAUUGUCUCAACCUUGAUCUAAAACAAUGCUUGGCUUGCAGUCUGCAGUCACUAUGUUCUGGUCCUGAUCUAACCUCCAGCAGGCUUUGCACUGCACAAUUCAAAAGGCCUGCAGUGAAGUUGCUGAUGUAGACCAAUGGAGGGGGAGUGUGUGGAAGGUAUAUUAGACCCAAGUUAAUUGAAGUAAACAAAUCCCUAAUCAAAUUCUUCAGAGACCUCAUGGGGAGUAUUUGUGCUAGAUACGUCUGUGUCGGAAGUUAGAAACAUUGUUUAGGCUUUGAGGGCUCUCUGGCUCAAUAUUUUAUGAGGUAGUCAUUUUUAAGCCUCCUACGAACCAUCCUGAUCUCGCGAGCUUACAUUCUGCGUGUAUCGAAACAGAGAUUAGGACGGUUCGUACGAGGCUAGUCAUUUUUUUUGCUUUCCGCAGAGAAGUUGGUUUGUUGGCUCAGCUGUUGCAAGGGUCUGUGUCACUCUCUGUGUCGCUCUCUGUGUCGCUCUAUGUGUCGCUCUUGCUCUCUGUCUCUGUGUCUCUCUGUGUGUCUUUCUCUCUCUCGCUCUCUCUCUCUGUGUCUCUCUCUCUCUUUCUCUGUGUCUCUCUGUCUCUCUCUGUCUCUGUGUAUGUGUCCUAAUACAUCAUUCUAUAGUUCUCUCUAAGGUGAGCUUUACUGGCAUGAAAUGUGGCUCUUAUGACAUCUCUCUUUUUCCUUUCUCUUACACAUGCAAGAUUAACUAUCCAUUUUUAUUUUUCCCCAGGCCAAGGAGUUCCUGAAGGAACAGGCGUGGAAGAACCACUUCACCGAGUAUGGCCAGGGGGUGUGUAUGUACCGUACAGAGAAGACCAAGGACCUGGUGCUUAAAGGCAUCCCAGAGAACAUGAGGGGAGAGCUGUGGCUGCUCUUCUCUGGUGAGGCCAACAGUCGCACGCGCUCUCACAAACAGUCAGACGUGGGCACGAUCACAAACACACACAUACAUUACACGCACACACACAAUACACUCUCACAUUCACUGUACAUAGUCAUUUGUAUAUUUACGCAGUAAGGCCCGAGGAGGUGUGGUAUAUGGUCAAUAUGGCCAAUAUACCACGGCUAAGUGCUGUUCUAAGCACGACGCAACACGGAGUGCCUGGACACAGCCCUUAGCCGUGGUAUAUUGGCCAUAUAUCACAAACCCCUGAGGUGCCUUAUUGCUAUUAUAAACUGGUUACCAACGUAAUUAGAGCAAUAAAAAUACAUGUUUUGUCAUACCCGUGGUAUACCACGGCUGUCAGCCAAUCAGCAUUCAGGGCUCGAACCACCCAGUUUAUAAUACAUUAUGUCUGCCGGUUCUUGAUAUUCACAUACUCUACUUUCACUCAUUCUGCAUCUCCACAAGCCAUGCAGAUACACAGUAAGACCACAGAUAGACAGUACUACGUGCUCACACACUCAUACACCAACUCCUAACCUGUAUCCAGCAUCCUGUGGUGGGACCACACAUCUCAUGACUAUAGUUAUUGUUACUAUAGUAAUGAGUUUAAUCAACAUUUCAUUCCCCCUUUUGUGGUUUGAGCACAGAAUGGUUCAUCAUCCAGGUGUAUUAGAAGUAUUGACCGUCAAAUAUGAGCUUUUCUUUCAGUGUACAUAUGGAUUUGGGUAGCCUCUCAUUUAAACAUGCAUUAGCUUGGCCUUGGCAACGCAUUCCGUUCCCAUCUGCUGCCUGAGCAGCAGUAUCUUAUCUUUGUAUUAUCUUCCAUGCAGGGGAUCUAGUAACUGGGCUGCAUGCUUGACGUUCACUGCUACAGCUUAUUACAGUAAAAAGCACACAUUCUAUAGCCUGCUUAAGCCACACUGAACACUGACAGUCUGCUUUACAAAUACAGCAGCUUACGUAGGGGUUGGGUUGGAGACGUAGGACUACGUUGUGGCCACCAUAGCUGUGAAAAGCUGACCUAUAUAUUUAAACGUGAAGAACCAGUAGGUCUACAGGGAGAGUCACUGCUAAGCUCACCAAACAAUGUUUUUAUACUUCAUCCUCUCUUCUUCCUGGAGUAAAUGCCUUGCAGCCACGCGACAGCACUAGCAGUUAGCGCUUAUCUACCUUUGGGGAGUUGCAGGCUAUAAACUGCUCCUUCCGUCCGCUAGUGACCUACUUGUGGAACCUUCUGCGGUCGCUAUGGCAGCCAUACAUCUGCACUUCCUGGAGGGACUGGUGUGUUUACAUGUUAGCCUAGUGUCUCUGUCGGCGUAGCUCGCUAGCUGUGCUUUUAUGUGGAAAAAGAUGCAGCAUUUGAAUGCAACCUCUGUACUUGUCCCUCUACUCACACUCACUAUCACAGUGGGUACAGUUGAUAAGCCUGCAUUUCACUGAGCUAGAAGAGCGAGUUUGAGGAUGUUGAGAGACUGGUUCACCACGCUUUUACCCAGGGAAUGCACUUCUCUGCUUGAAGGUCCCCUCCCCCUUUCUCUGAAUGGUUUGGCCUGUGUUGUUGCUCUCAGUGCACAGUCAUGGCUGGGAGUAGGGAGGAGGGAGGGGGGGGGGGCUAUAAAGGCACUAAGGGUUCAGUGUAGAAGGGAUUCUGCCUAAAGCGAGAGUGGAAGGCUUACUACUGCAUGUCUACUGGCUGCUUGCCACAUCCCUCAGUUAGUAGAGAUGGAAUGAGCAAUGGCAUGUCUUGAGUUCUGGUUUCAUCACUCUAACCAUUUCUGCAACUGAUUACGUUGACUAUGCAACGCCAUUGAAAUGGUAGCCAAACACCUGACACUAGAUCCCCUGCAUGGAAGAUAAUACAAGAUAAUACAAAGAUAAUACAAAUAUCUUGAAGAUAAUACAAAAUAACUGUUUUGGGGAGGUUCUCUUCUGCACUGUUCAACCAAUCCAGUAAAUGUGGAAUAGGAGUUAAGAUGGAGUGUCGCCUUGUUAACGUCCAAAAGCGGAAGUCGCAUUACAGGCACCCUCUUUCAUUUCCCUUGAAAACUGGAACUUCCGUUUGUUGGCAACUUUCCUAAAGCUAUUGCAAUGCAAACCCCCCAAUAUAGUUACUACAUAAUGCAGCGAGGUUUAAAACAAAGGCCUGAUAUUAACUUUAUGUUCCACCAGCCAAUCACCAGCCAGACUUUUUAACCAGAAGUUGUCUGGUGGUCUGGUGCCAAAGGCCUCGUUUAACACUAUACUAACUGUGGUCACUCCCCACCCAGGGGCGAUCAAUGAGAUGGCGACCCACCCUGGCUACUAUGAGGACCUGGUAGAGAAAUCUAUGGGGAAGUACAACCUGGCCACGGAGGAGAUCGAGAGAGACCUGCACCGCUCCCUCCCCGAACACCCAGCCUUCCAGAACGAGAUGGGGAUCGCUGCCCUACGAAGGGUCCUCACUGCGUACGCCUUCAGAAACCCAAACAUAGGCUACUGCCAGGUACACACAUAGUAUACACACACAGACACACCAGCCAGGUCGCUCAAGAUACACUGCCAAAUUAGACGUCCGUCCAGGUAAGCAGGGCGUAAGCUGCGAGCUCCGGCUCAGAGGGUCGCGUGUUCAAUCCCAGUGAUAUGCACUAGUUUUAACUGUUGUUAUUUUAACCCUUUAAUCCCAAACCUUAACCCUUAAUUUAACCAUUCGGAAUUAAUGCCUGAACUUAACCUUCUAAAUCAGGGGUGUCAAACUCAUUUUAGCUCAGGGGCCACAUGGAGGAAAAUCUAUUCCCAAGUGGGCCGGACCGGAAAAAUCAUGGUAUAUAUAACUUAAAAACAACAACUUCAGAUUGUUUUCUUUGUUUUAAUACGAUCAACAUACAACAAAGCUGGAGCCUGAGGACAGUGUGUCCAAAAUAGUACAAGCACAACAUCACUAUUAAUCAUAAAACACGUCAAGUUUAUUUGAAAAUUCGAAAGAAAAAGAACACACAAACACACAAUGCCUCAGUGAUUAACAGAACUGUUUCACAGAUCACAGAACUAUAUCAGGGUGUCAUUUCUCAGGCAGAAAUGUAGAUACAAAUAAUGAAAUCCUGUUCCCCAAACAAGUACAAGAACCACAGUCAAGAAUAGGUUAAAUAUACAAAUACAAUAAAAUCAAUUAAAAACAAUAGCACAUCAACAUAAAAACAUAUAAACAUAAAGCUGGAGCCUGAGGACAGUGUCCAAAAGCACAACAUCACUAUUAAUUAUAAAACACCAAGUUAUUUGAAAGUUCUGAGGACAAAGAACACACAAACACACAAUGCCUCAGUGAUUCACAGAAGUAUAUCACAGAUCACAGAACUAUAUCAGGGUGUCAUUUCUCAGGCAGAAAUGUAGAUAAAAAUAAUGAAAUCCUGUUCCCCAAACAAGUGCAAGAACCACAGAGUCAAGAAUAGGUUAAAUAUACAAAUAAAAUAAAAUCAAUUAAAAACAAUAGCACAUCAACAUAAAAACAUAUAAACAUAAAUCUGAAAGCGUUGCUCAAACUCCCGUAACAGUCCCGUUAUUUUAUCUUUGAACCGCUUCAUGUCUGCCACAUGUUGGGUCGCGCACACAGUUUUCAGACAGGGGAAGUGAGCUGCAUCACCACCGGCAAGUUGCGUCUCCCACAAUGACAGCUUCAACUUGAAAGAACGUAUGCUGUCAUAAUACUGCGUGACAACUUUGUUGCGCCCUUGCAGCUGUUUGUUCAAGUUAUUCAGGUGCUCUGUAACAUCCACCAUAAAUGCAAGGUCCGGCAUCCAUUCUGCGGAAUGAAAUUCUAACACUGGUUUGCCCUUUUCUUCCAUGAACUGUUCAAUUUCUUCUCGUAAAUCAAAGAAACGCCUCAGCACAGCACCUCGGCUUAACCAUCUUACCUCAGUGUGGUAUGGCAGGCCAUAGAUGUGGUCUUUCUCUCUGAGAAGGCUGUCAAACUGACGGUGAUUCAGGCUUCUGGAUCGGAUGAAAUUAACAGUUUGGAUGACCACCUUCAUGACGUUAUCCAUCUUUAAUGACUUGCAACACAAAGCCUCCUGGUGCAAAAUACAGUGAAAAGUCAAAAAAUCACGUCCUCCAUUUGCAGAUUGCACUUUCUCUCUGAACUUUGUCACAACGCCUGCUUUUUUCCCGAUCAUUGAGGGCGCACCAUCUGUAGCCAGGCUGACAGCGCGGGACCAGUCCACUCCGACCCUGUCCAGCGCGCCGACGAGUGCGGUAAAAAUAUCAGCUGCUGUCGUUGUAUCUGUCAUCGGCACCAACUCCACGAACUCCUCGGUGACGGUCAAUGUGUCAUCAACUCCGCGGAUGAAAAAAUGGCCAGUUGUGCAACAUCUGUAAUGUCCGUGCUUUCAUCAAUUGCAACCGAAAACGCAAUAAAUGACUUUACUUUUUGCUUCAACUGGCUGUCCAAAUCCACUGAAAGAUUGGAAAUCCUGUCUGCAACUGUGUUUCUUGUCAGGCUGAUAUUUGCAAAAGCCUGCCGCUUUUCAGGGCACACAAUCUCCGCUGCCUUCAUCAUGCAUGUUUUUACAAAUUCACCCUCACUAAAUGGUUUUGAAGCCACUGCGAUUUCAUUAGCAAUGAGGUAGCUAGCUUUCACUGCAGCGUCACUGAUGUCUCGGCUGUGAGUAAACACAGACUGCUGUUUCUUCAGACCCGCCAACAGUUCAUUCACCUUCUCUCAUCUCCGCUGUCCUUGAAAGUUGUCAUAUUUGUCGGCAUGAAGACUCACAUAGUGGCGACGAAGGUUAUAUUCUUUCAGCACUGCAACAUGCUCUGAACACACCAAACAUACAGCUUUCCCAUUCAAUUCCGUGAUUAAAUAGGAUGACAAUUUUUCUUGGAACACUCUGCACUCUGCGUCCACUUUUCUCUUUUUUGACAGAGACAUAUUGGGGCAAUGAGGGUGCCAAAGCACAUAAUGUUAAAAGUAGAAGCCGUAAUAAAUAUCGCGGGCAAAACAAAGUAGCUCAUUGGCUGCACGUGCUUGACCUACUUGCUCUGCCCCGGUAUAAACAGUUUGCUUGCUUAACACAAUUGCUAUUGCGCCAUCCAGUGGACGCAAUUGGAACAGCAGUUUAUUGAAAAAUUGCAGCGCAUUUUUAUACUUUACAAAAUUAUUAUUAUUUAUUUUUUAUCAUCUCGCGGGCCGGAUUAAACCCGUUUGCGGGCCUGAUCCGGCCCGCGGGCCGUACGUUUGACACCCCUGUUCUAAAUGUUGUGUUUAUGGACAAACGUCUGAUUCUGCAGUGAGACCGUGAGAGCUUGUUGCGCACACACACACUUAUUUUACUACACAAACAUUCACACUGCUCUUCAGUUUUAUAAAUGGUCAAGUCCCAUAUUAGUUUGCCACCUCUAGCUGUCCUGACUCCCCUGUGGGUCCCUUAUCAUGGUUCCCCUCACGGGUCCAAGCCAUGUGGUUCCCUCUUGACUGCCGGUCCAUCUGUUGGCAGCUUGAAACUCUGACAACGUUAAACUCUGCGUAAAAACUGGAGUCCAGACCUACUCUGUCACAUAGCUGUUUUAUUUUAUUAUUGUUUGUUUUGCUUUUUGAAGCGCUUUCAGAUUCUUUCUGUAAAGAAAAGCGCCAUAGAAGUUGAAUUUAUUAUUAUUAAUAAUCUUGGUUCUUCUUCCUAGGCCAUGAACAUAGUGACGUCGGUGCUGCUGCUGUAUGCUAAGGAGGAGGAGGCCUUCUGGUUGCUGGUGGCUCUGUGUGAGAGAAUGCUGCCUGACUACUACAACACCAGGGUCGUAGGUCAGUUGGAAGCUUCUGGAAUGAGGCUUGUAGUAGGGCAAUUGGUGGCUUUUUGGCAGACUGGUGUGUUUGCCUCUGUGUUUUAACUUUGUCUCAGUGUGUCUGUUUUAUGUCUGUGUGCAUAUCUGUUGGCAUCACUCUCCCUCUUAGUGUAUCAGUGUAUGCGUAGGCCUCUUUUCUGUUUCUCUCGUGGGCUGUCUCUCUCCAAGAGUCUGUCUCUCUAACCUCCCCUCCCACGUCUGUCUCUCUAACCUCCCCUCCCACGUCUGUCUCUCUAACCUCCCCUCCCACGUCUGUCUCUCUAACCUCCCCUCCCGCGUCUGUCUCUCUAACCUCCCCUCCCGCGUCUGUCUCUCUAACCUCCCCUCCCGCGUCUGUCUCUCUAACCUCCCCUACCGCGUCUGUCUCUCUAACCUCCCCUCCCGCGUCUGUCUCUCUAACCUCCCCUCCCGCGUCUGUCUCUCUAACCCUCCCCUCCCGCGUCUGUCUCUCUAACCUCCCCUCCCGCGUCUGUCUCUCUAACCUCCCCUCCCGCGUCUGUCUCUCUAACCUCCCCCUCCCACGUCUGUCUCUCUAACCUCCCCUCCCACGUCUGUCUCUCUAACCUCCCCUCCCACGUCUGUCUCUCUAACCUCCCCUCCCACGUCUGUCUCUCUAACCUCCCCUCCCACGUCUGUCUCUCUAACCUCCCCUCCCACGUCUGUCUCUCUAACCUCCCCUCCCGCUUCUCCUUCUCCUUCUCCAGGGGCUCUGGUGGACCAGGGUGUAUUUGAGGAGCUGGCCAGGGAGUACGUCCCUGAACUCUACGACUGCAUGCAGGACCUGGGAGUCAUCUCCACCAUCUCCCUCUCCUGGUUCCUCACCCUGUUCCUCAGUGUCAUGCCCUUCGAGAGCGCCGUUGUGGUGGUCGACUGCUUCUUCUACGAGGGCAUCAAGGUCAUCUUCCAGUUGGCGCUCAGCGUGCUACACGCCAACAUCCACCAGCUGCUGGAGGCCAAGGACGACGGAGAGGCUAUGACCGUGCUGGGAAGGUGAGGACGGGGGGGUGGCGGACCGACGAGGGGCUUUUCAAUUCCGGUCCUGGAGGACAGAAACACUUCUUGAUUUUUGUUUCUACCUGGUAGUUAAUUGUGUUCACCUGGUGCCCCAGGUCUGAUGAAAACCAGAAGUGUUUUGGCCCUGCAGUACCAGAAUUGGAACAGCCCUGGACUAAAGGGACAUGACUGGUAGGCCAACCCAUGACUGGAACACUGAACCUAACCUGAACCUAAACUAAAACCCUAACCUUUGUCCUGACCUUAAUCCUAACCAUAACUAAUUAGGUCAUUCAACAUGGGUUUGCUGGUCAGUCAUGCUACUUUAGUUUUUCCCUCAGAGCAGACCCCAUGAGUCAGGGGUCAAAGGUCAAAUUGUAUUGGUGGAUGUGACACGAGAGAUUUUCAUCUUGUUUUGAAACACUGAGCAAUAACAACGCUUCUUCUUUUGCGGAGAACUCAAUUAAAACUUUAUAUUGAAAAACUUUCUUUGACGAUAUGAAUGAUUUGGUUGUGAUUUAUUUAAAUAACCUUUUCAUAGAGAAGCCUUUGCUCAAGGAAUAUGCUUGAAACGUCCAUUGUGUGUGUAGGUACCUGGACAGCGUGACCAAUAAGGACAGCACCCUGCCCCCCAUCCCCCACCUCCACUCCCUGCUGACAGACGAUGGGGAGCCCCACCCAGAGGUGGACAUCUUCAAGCUGGUCCGCAGCUCCUACGAGGUGGGUCUCCACACCAUGACCAGGGCCAUCCACCCGUCAUUCAAUCAUUCCUUCAUUCUGCCAGAGAUUGGGUCAAUUCCAUUUCAAUUCAGUCAAUUGAGUUUAAAUGGAAUUCAGCCCAACCCCGCUUCCUAGACCCAAGUGUAUUCACUGGUAGAACUGUCGCUCUGUUUUGACCUUUACUCUGGCUGGUGAUUAUGCAGUCUCAGUGGAUAUCCCAGCCGUGGGAUAGCAGCAGUGUUGACCUCUCUCUCUCUCUCUGUCCCGUGUGGCUGUUUGUAGAAGUUUGGCUCCAUCCGGGCGGACGUGAUCGAGCAGAUGCGCUUCAAACAGAGGCUAAGGGUCAUUCAGACCAUCGAGGACACCACCAAACGCAACGUGGUAAAGACCCCUGCUAUCACACACACUGUAUGGUACAUCAGAUGUUGGCUGUGGAGGAUUUCAAGUCAUUUUAAGCCAUUGUUACUGCUCUCAGGGCUGUUUUUAGAGGUUGAGGAGUGUGUGUUACUGAUUGUAUUCAAUGCUGGUUAGUACUGAUCUCCUCACACAGCUCCUAAAUCCUCUGUUCUCUUUCAGGUCAGAACCAUUGUCACAGAGACUGCCUUCAGCAUCGACGAACUGGAGGAGCUUUACGUUCUGUUCAAGGUUAGAGUGACAGCCAAACUACUGUAGCCAAUAGGAACUUAAAGGAACUUCCCUCUAACCAAUAGGAACUUAAAGGAACUCAUAUCUUCCUGUAUUGCUUUUCCUCAGCCUCCCUUUCUCUUUGGCAGGGUGUCUCAUUUCUCCUAGCUCUCACGUAGUGCCAUGCUGCCACGGCAACGCUGAAUUAUGGGCUAUAAUUGGAGCCGGGACUUAAUAUCCAUAGAGACACAUAGCUAAAACCCUGGCAACAGCAUUUUACUCUUCAUCCAUUAACACAACGUACGCUCACUGCUCAGUUCUGUUAGAGGACAUGGAGAAAGACAGAUGAGUCUUCAGCACAGUUCUAAUGGUCAGGGGUGUUGGUAUAAGAUAUGAGAAGUGGGAAGUAGAGGACUUAUAAUACCCAAGGUUGUGUUUUUUUAGGAAAAUCUGUAAAGCAUGAAGAACAUAGCAUGAUGCAAUGUUUACAUUCUACACUUGUUCUCUGUUGAAAUCAAGUACAUAUCCAUUAGAACAUUGUGCAAAGCAAUUCAGCGGCAUCUGUGCAUUUCCUCACCGUGGGCGACCACAUUUCCCCCUUAGCAUAGGCAUCACCAUUCGGUCUCAUUCCACCUCAUCUCGCUUCUUUAUACUUUAUAGAAAACUGCUAUAUAAAUGUAAUAUAUUUAUAUAAUUCUAAUUUAAACCCUGUUGAAUCUAUUUCUAUAAUCUAUCAGGCGGAACACCUGACCAGCUGCUAUUGGGGCAGCACGGGUGGCAGCAACCCCACGGAGCGCCACGACCCCAGCCUGCCCUACCUGGAGCAGUACCGCAUCGACCUGGAGCAGUUCAGGGGGCUGUUCUCCCUGCUCUUCCCCUGGGCCCCUGCCAACGGGGCCAACGGGGCCCAUGCAGACCCCCUGGCCCUGCGCUUCUUCAGGCUCCUGGACCAUAACGGAGACUCUCUGAUUAACUUCCGGGAGUUUAUUAGUGGACUGAGUGAGUAUUGGUGGGGGUGGAGGUGGGUGAGGGGUGUAUCUAUUUUGCAAUGUAUGUCCUCAACAUCUUUGUUGCAAAAAGAAGUUGACAAAUGAUUGUAGCAACUGGUCAAAAUGGAUAUUAAGUCUAUAUAGACAUAAUGAAAUGUUCUGACCAAUGAUAACGUCUGGUGUAUUUCAGGUGUUCUAUGCCAUGGGGACCUGACUGAGAAACUAAAGCUCCUCUACAAGAUGCACGUGAUGCCUGGUAAGUGUGUGUGUGUGUGUGUGUGUGUGUGUGUACUGUUCACAGAGAGGAAAAGAAGUCCAGAGGGAAAUGUAUACUCCUUAUAUACUGUCAUAACUGAGUGAGGGGGAGGGUGUUUUGAGGAUAGGGGAUUGGAUUUAUUUACUGUAAAAAAUUAGGAAGGAGAAAAUCAAAAAUGUAAGAAGGCUUGUUUUGUUCUCUCCCUCGCUUGGUUGAGCAUAUGGAGCACCAACCGACGCUUCCCUUCUCUAGACACACACCAGUAUUUUAACUGGGCUGUAAAUCUACCUCUCAAUCAGAAGAGCUUUCAUGGCUCAGCUGGCGUUAAUUCCAUGUGUAACAGCAAAGCCUGAAGCAGCUAUUGUUUUGGUUCUCGGAAUGCUGUGGUUUGCUUUUCUUCCCGUGCCAGCCACAAAGAAACAUGUAAACAUUGUCUCUGGCACGGUAUCACAAUAAUAUGUUGAGAACUAACAGAUGUUGAGCGAGAAAGGAGGAAGAGGAUACAGAAAUGACUGAUAAAGGCAUUGAUUUCAGACUUAUGAUCAAACAUUGGGAUGUGUGAUGUCUUUUUCAACUGCAAUGUUUGAGGCGUUAUGAUAAUGCCCUUACACAACUUUGAGCGUCUGGAAAAGCGCUAUAUAAAUGCUAUCAAUUAGAAUAACAAUGAUAAUGACCAAAAUGUUGAUGUUGUCCCUUCCUGUCCCCUACUAGAGGUGGCCCAUGAGCAGGAGGAGCCAGACUCUGCCUUCGAGGCCACCCAGUACUUCUUUGAGGACAUCACUCCAGAAACUUCCAAUGGUAGGCCAUGUCCUCAUCAACAUGCCAGAGGUUACACACAAUGUUUUCACCCCAAAUGGCACCUUCUUCCCUAUAUAGUGCAGUACUGUUGACCAGAGCCCUAUGUGCCCUCAAUCACAGUCAGACACACUCCACUCAUGGCAUGCAUCAACCUAUUUCAACCUCUGUCACGUAAUUUUUUUCCUUCAGAUGACUUCCUGAUGUGACCUUUGACCUUUUGACAUGUAAUUUGACCUUUGCACUCUUGACCCUUCCCUUCCUCCAGGCCUUGACCCCAAGUGCAAGAGCGAGAAGGAUGACGGGUUCGUCAGGGUCACGUUCAAGACUGAGAAAGGUACGCACUGCUAUAAAACAGUUAUGAGACAUGAGUAUCUAUCCCUUGUUUGUACAGGCUCAAAUCUAAAUUAUAAUACCUUAAGCCACAAAGUCUACUGUUCCUGUUGCCAGUUUGAAAGAAAUUGUGCAAAGGCCUUUAUUUACUGUACCUCAAGAACACACUCCUCCCACUGUAAGCAAGUUAGCUGUAGCUAACAGGGUUGGGGUCAAUUCCAUUUCAAUUCAGGAAGUAAACAAAAAUUCCAAUAUCAGUUUACUUCCUGAAUUGACUAAACUGAAAUGGAAUUGACUCCAAACCUGGUGCUACUACUCACAGAAAGGGCAAGGAGGGUUGGGCUCUCAGCUGAUCAUUCAGGUGCAGUCGUUGGUCUUUAGAGCUGGGGCUGUGGAGGUGGUAUGGCCUCCGCAGGUGCAGUCCCCUUCCACCUUCAUCUUGGCCCCUACCUCUUUCUCCCUCCUCUCUCGCAAUCUCCCUCCUCACCUCCUCUCUCGCAAUCUCCCUCCUCACCUCCUCUCUCGCAAUCUCCCUCCUCACCUCCUCUCUCGCAAUCUCCCUCCUCACCUCCUCUCUCGCAAUCUCCCUCCUCACCUCCUCUCUUGCAAUCUCCCUCCUCACCUCCUCUCUUGCAAUCUCCCUCCUCACCUCCUCUCUCGCAAUCUCCCUCCUCACCUCCUCUCUCGCAAUCUCCCUCCUCACCUCCUCUCUCGCAAUCUCCCUCCUCACCUCCUCUCUCGCAAUCUCCCUCCUCACCUCCUCUCUUGCAAUCUCCCUCCUCACCUCCUCUCUUGCAAUCUCCCUCCUCACCUCCUCUCUCGCAAUCUCCCUCCUCACCACCUCUCUCGCAAUCUCCCUCCUCACCUCCUCUCUCGCAAUCUCCCUCCUCACCUCCUCUCUCGCAAUCUCCCUCCUCACCUCCUCUCUCUCCUCCCUGUCCUCCUCUACUCUUUAUACGUCCAAGAACACAAGCAUGAAAUAGUUGUGCUUUUCGGUAUUAGAAUGGAGCAUUCAUUCUAUGUCCAUGUAACAAUAGUAGGGUAGGUACAAUAUCCAAGUAAAGUACUCUAGCCCCCCAAAACAUUCUCAGAAUGUUACAACCAUAGCAUUCUAAGGCCAUCUUGUUACUAGAACAGAAUCCCUAAAAUGCACACAGACGGACAGGCAGACAGACGGACAGACGAUACCAAGCUCCUAGCCUACCUCAAGAGAUGGGUAAUCAUUUCAAUUGUUAAUUUAGUACACAAGUUAUUUAUUUUAUGUCCUUUGCUUUCUGUCUUAGCUAACUGCAAUCUUAAAAGUAUUUGACACCACACACACACACAUCUCAAAACUCUGGGUUGAAAUGUUGAAAAGGGGAAGCAGCAAUACAUGUUUUCUUGGAGCAAAAAUGUCUACGGUUGCUGAUUAGGGACGAUAUACUUACUGAUUUUCCAGACGAUAAAAUUCCCAUUAAAGAAAUAGUUCCUAAUAGAAUUAAACAGUUUCAAAGUGCAACUGGAAGUGUCACAUGUCAAAUGGUCCCCAAGCUAUGCCUGCAUACCACUUCAGUUCAUUGAGGACAUAUUGGUGUGUGUUCUCUUAUUCAUUCAACACCGCCUCCUUGACAACAACACAUACAUUAGUUGUUGCUGUUGUUAUGGCCUCCUAUAAAUAGUCAAAGCGUGCCAGGCUGCUAGCUUUAACUCUUAACGGCCACCUCUGUUGCUUCUACAGUGAAGAAACUGCACACCCCUGACUACCGCCACUACCUGAGGCUGUGGAAUCAGGGCACCAAGAAUAAACUGGACAACAUGAAGGAUCUGCCCAAACUCAACCAGGUAAGAGCAUUAAGAACCACACCAACUCCCCAGGGGGAGUCAGUGGAGUCCACACCAGGGAGGCUAGGAUCUAAUUGAUAAACGUGGCUGUGUGAUGCUAUGAUAUAGUGUGUUGUGCCAAUUAUUCUACCUCCUCUACCUUCCCAUACUAACCUGUAUGUCUUCCCCUCUCUCGCGCUCUCUCUCCUUCAGAGCCAGUUCAUAGAGCUGUGCAAGACACUCUACAACAUGUUCAGCGAGGACGCCCAGGAGCAGGAGCUGUACCACGCCACGGCCACAGUCACCAGCCUGCUGCUGGAGAUGGGCGAGGUGGGCAAGCUCUUCUGCCACUCCAAGGACCAGGAGGAGGACCAGGACGACCCAGAGGAGGCCAAAACCAGUGGGCCAGCCCGAGAUGGAGGGGCCAAGUCUGGGGGUGUCUUCCAGCAGAGGGGCCAGGGAGAGGGGGAGCAGGAGGAGAGCCAGGCCAGGCCGUGUGGCCCCGGAAAGAGGGAACGGCGGGGGCGAGCAGCUGUCCGCCAUGGAGGACAUUAAGCUGGAGGACUCGUCCCCGAAGGACACAGGGACAUCGUCCUCCAUGCUCAUCUCAGACGACGAGACCAAAGACGACACGUCCAUGUCGUCCUACUCGGUGCUCAGCGGCGGCUCCCAUGAGCUCGACGACAAGCUACACUGCGAGGACAUUAAUGACGACACUGUCCUGGUGCUUAGCGAGAAUGGGCCAAGAGGUGGAGGGAACGGGCCUCACGGCGGAGAUGGGGGGCUGCCUCACAGCACCAGCAUAGAUAAAGACUGGGCCAUCACCUUUGAGCAGUUCCUGGCCUCGGUGCUCACUGAGCAGGCCCUGGUGCUUUACUUCGAGAAGCCAGUGGAGGUGGCCGCACGUGUCACCAAUGCCAAGAAUGUGAGGAAAGUGGGGUGCCCCCUACUGUCCUCUAGCGACUAUGAGAUCUCCCUGUCUGGGUAG